GGCCCACAGAUAACUGACAAGGAUGGUGAGCUUUUGGACAAACAUGAUAGUUUCUACAUCACAACAAAAAGUCUAUUGGUACUGUUUCAGAUAAUGGGCGUUAUGCCGAUUAUGAGGGUACCGAAACAUGCACGGACCACAAAGCGAACUACCUAUAACUGGAUCUCAAAAGCAACGCUGUGGGCUUAUCUCGUCUGGAGCUUGGAGAGUAUCAUUGUGAUCAAAGUGGGCAACGAGCGACUCUCAAAUUUCCAGCAAAAUUCAAACAAACGAUUCGACGAAGUUAUAUACAAUAUUAUAUUUCUCAGCAUUCUCAUACCGCAUUUUCUAAUACCGGUUGCUUCGUGGCGCCAUGGGCCACAAGUCGCUAUAUUUAAGAACAUGUGGACUCAUUAUCAGCUCAAAUACCUCAAAAUAACUGGAACUCCGAUAAUAUUCCCGAACCUGUAUUCCCUCACGUGGGGAUUAUGUAUAUUUUCCUGGGCUCUGAGUUUCGCGGUUAUACUGUCGCAGCAUUACUUACAAGACGACUUUGAGCUCUGGCAUUCUUUCGCGUACUAUCACAUUAUCGCUAUGCUGGAUGGGUUUUGUUCGUUAUGGUACAUCAAUUGCAAUGCUUUUGGAACUGCAUCAAAGGGCUUGGCGACAAAUUUACACAAGGCUCUGGAAGCAGAACACCCGGCGCUCAAAUUGGCUCAAUAUCGCCACUUGUGGGUCGACUUGUCGCAUAUGAUGCAACAAUUAGGAAGGGCCUAUUCCAACAUGUACGGUAUAUAUUGCAUGGUAAUCUUCUUCACGACAACUAUCUCGCUGUAUGGCUCCCUAUCAGAAAUAUUAGAACACGGGCUCAGUUAUAAAGAAAUGGGCCUCUUCGUUAUAGUUGGUUACUGCAUGACCCUACUCUUCAUCAUUUGUAAUGAGGCUUAUCACGCCACGAGAAAGGUCGGUCUAGAAUUCCAAGUACGCCUGCUGAACGUAAAUCUGGGUGCUAUUGAUCGCAGCGCCCAGCGUGAGGUUGAAAUGUUCCUCGUUGCGAUUGCCAAGAAUCCGCCUAUUAUGAACUUGGAUGGCUUCACUAAUAUUAAUCGAGAGCUUUUUACUGCUAAUAUUUCCUUCAUGUCCACAUAUUUGAUCGUGCUGAUGCAGUUCAAAUUGACGCUACUGAGGCAGGGUUCACGGAAGAUAUUGCGAGCUAUCACUAGAGCUAUAUUUAAUACUACUACAACGAUGGCUGACGAUGACGAAUACGAUGAAGAGUGAUCUCAGAUAUACACGAUUGUUUUAUAAGUUUACAGUAAUAUAGAAGAACAUUCGAAUAAGUAGUCACGUUUUUGUAGUGUAGAUAAUAGAAAAUUAAAUUUAACACAAUGUUCGCACACAAAGCAUCUAUAAGGAUGAUCAAUAAAUGCUGUAUGUAAAAUA